AUGGUUUCAACUGCGAAUGAGACUUUUGCAGGAUCGACCAGCCUAAAAGCACAAUCGUCCCAUACUUAUGAGGCAGACUUCCGUGAUAGUUGGUGCAUUGGGACAGUACCACAUGGAGGAUAUGUCACGUCCUGCUUCCUCCAGGUAGCAUCUAAACAUUUCAACACCACCUUGUCAAAGCAAAACCAACCACACUCCAUAGCUCUUCACAUAGACUUUCUACGAAGAACCGAAGCAGGCCCAGCACUCUUCACUGUCAAAGACACUAAACUCGGACGGCAAGCGUCUGUAAUUCAUGUCACAUUGACCCAAUCAGGUAGAGAAGAAGCUUUAGCUGUCAUUACCAAUUCCAACAUGACAACAGAGGAAGGAGUGUCAUUCUCAACUUCUUACAAGAUGACUCCUCAGCCCGUGCCAGUCUCACUAGAGCGGUUAUCCAAAGACGAGGAUGAGAAGUGGUGCCUUCAAUCUAGAAUGCCCUCUAUAAAAUUUCGCAAGGCAAUGGCCAAGCUUGAAUUCUACUAUCCCCGCAAUGGACAGGUCAGCAAUAGUUGUGCAGAUGAAUGGGUCAGACUGAGCACUGGGGAGAAAUGGACGAAUGCUUCCCUUGGUUUUCUAUCCGAUGCGUGGCCUAUGCCGGUGGAAACCAAUUUACGCGAACAAGCAAGUAGAGACCCGAACCACGACAGUAACAAGGCAAUCAUGUGGUAUCCGACGCUUCUCCUCAACAUCGACUUCAAGAAGGCUUUACCAGAAGAAGGCGUCAAAUGGUUGUUUGCGAGGACCGAAUCAAAACAGAUCAAAAACGGAAGGUUUGAUAUUGAGGUAGUGAUACUCGAUGAUACCGGAGACAUUGUUGCACUCAGUCAUCACGUUGCUUUGGCGGUGCCUGCUGAGCGAAAUGUCGCGAAGCGGGUGACGGGUAGUAAGAUGUAA